AUGGCCGCGCCCCGGUUGCCCCUGAAACUGGAGGCCGGGGCUGCGUCCGAGCCCGCCCAGACUGCGCUGGCCGUGCACGCGCUGCAGGUGCUGCAAGAAGCCGACGAGCGGGUGGAGCAUGCCCAGCAAGAGCUCCGGGCGGCGGCAAACGACUCCUUCCGGAGCCCCAAGGAUGCCGCGUUGAAGGGCAAGAUGGAGCUGAGGAUUCAGGCCCACGCCAUCGCUCUUGAAGCGCAGCGCAAGGCGAACAUCCACUUGCAAGAGUGCCUGGCGCUUGAGAAGGUGACUGAAGACCGGGGAGCAGCCCGCCAGUGCCGCCCUGUUGUGAAGGAAGAGCCGGCAGCCGAAGAUUCGGAGGACUCUCUGGACAUCCCGGACUGGAAGCUGAAGCCACGCCCGGAUCACUACGUCCCGGCGCCUCGAAGAGGCUGCAAGGCCGAGCCGCCGGCGUUUCAGGAAACCGCCUCGGCUGGGGGCAAAAGAUACCUGAGCAAGGAGAAGCCCGCUCCAACCAGAAGGUGUAAGCUGGAGCCGCCAGCUUCGUGGAGGAGAGCCCCGGUUUCGAGACCUGCGCGGGGGAGCCUCAAGCCCUAUCAUCGCCUCAGACCGGCGCCGCAAAAGAGGUGCAAGAUAGAGCUGCAAGCAUCCUGGAGGAAAGCCCCAGCUGAAGGAAAGCGCCCGCGAGAGGAGCAUCCUGCCAAGGAAUGCACUGCAAGGCAGCUGAAGAUCUUGCGCAAGACGCAGACGUGCUGCGACUGGGAUCCGGCGCGCUAUUGCCCCGAGCGCGUGAUGGGCAAGUGGGGACAUCGGCUGCAGUACCUUCCGCCAGACGACCUAUUCUUCUGCCACGCCCAGAUCUCCAGGCACUUUAGGAGCUCCCCACAUAGAGGGCAGCCGCUGGACAAAUUGCUGGAGGAUCUGAUUUCAGAGAAGGUCUGUCCACUGGACAUCACCCCGCUGGUGGGCGUGGAGGAUGAGGCGAAGAUUUGGGUCGUUUGUGGGAACCGCCGCCUCUUUGUGCUGCGAAAGUUCUCUCAGCAAGUGCGUGACGAGGGUGGCGAAAUUCUGAUUCCCAUCUACGUCCACAAGAAGUCCUCCGCGAAGCCUCUGCCGGACUCUUUGUUUGCCAAGUAUGUUGAGGCAUCCUCCACCAAGAAGGAUGGAGAUUGGCCUUCUUUCUUCCCAAAGAGGGAGAUCUGUGACUCCAGGUAG